AUGGCAUCUCAAGGCUUCUGGGGUCGCUUCAACCUAAGGAACGAAGAUGGAAAGUCAUGUAUGAGAGCUAUACAGAAUGCAUAUAUAGGGUAUAGGGUGAAAGAGCUUGAACAGCAGGGAUAUUGCAGUUGCACGUUGUUGGUUGCGCCUUUGAGCGGCACUGAGCACAGCACGAUUGUGGAUAAGGACCUGGCAGAGGAAUUUGAAGGGCGCAGCACAAGAAGUGAGCUGAUCGUUCAACUCCGACCUGCGCCUCACGCACUUGAUCUCGACAUUGUGCACGUCGCAGCCAAGAUCUAUCCAUCGCUGGCGCCAACCGUCGCACUUCUGGACGUAGAGCUACCUGAAGGCCUGAAGGCUUACGAGAUGGACAGAAUUCCCGGCACAUCUCUCAGUCGUCUGAUGCCGCACGCACGUACCUUGACUACAAAAGAGCAAGCUCGACUGGAGACGUUAGUCUUGAGCUUUGCCAAAUUCAUCGCACAAGGCUGGCAGGGCGCGUCGAAAGCGCAAACAUUACCAACACUCAGAGCCACGCGAGCUGACUCGCCAAUGGAAGAUACACCAGACAUACUCUCACAGUGUCGCGGCAAAGUCGGCUCAAGCAUUAUCUAUCGACUCGAGAAACUGGCUGCAGAACUACCUGACACAUACUUGAGAAGAAGAGCAGGGAAGACACUCUCAGCCAUACAAAACAUGACAGACUACCCUGUCAUUCUAAAUCACGGGGAUCUCAUACCAUCCAACAUUCUCGUCGAUGGGGAUCGGUGGGAGAUGACUGGCCUGGUCGAUUGGGCUGAAGCAGAGUUCUUGCCUUUUGGGACGUGUCUGUAUGGGCUUGAGCAUCUGCUAGGGUAUUACGAACGAGAUUCUUCCAGCAAAAAAUCUGCAUGGGUCUACUUCGAAGGAGCCGCACGGCUCCGAGAGGCGUUCUGGGAGUACUUGUUCGCAGCUGCACCGGGUCUGAAAGCACGUGAAGAUGAAGUAAGGACGAUGCGAGAUAUGGGCGUUUUGCUCUGGCACGGUAUCGCGUGGGACGAUGGAGCUAUCAAUCGUGUUGUCAGCGAGCUUCGCGAUCAGGAAGAAUUAGUCAAGCUUCGUGCGUUUUUGGGUACUGAUUGA